UGCCCCUUCGCUCCCUCCGGCGCGCUCUCCAUGGCUCUCCCCCGGGCUCUCGCGCUCGGGCUGCUGCUCGCGGCCACGGUCGUGGCGCUGAGCUCGGCUGAGCAAGCUUGUUACUGUGAAACAAACAAGUUAACAAACUGCACUGAAAUAUCACCUGGUAAAUGCCAAUGUCAGGCUAUUGGUUCACCAAAUGUGGUCCAAUGUUCACAACUGGCUUCAAAAUGUUUGGUGAUGAAAGCAGAAAUGACUAAUUCAAGGAGUGGGCGGAGAAAGAAACCAGAAGGGGCUAUUCAGGAUAACGAUGGAAUAUAUGAUCCCGAUUGUGAUGGACAUGGUCACUUCAAACCUCGACAAUGUAAUGGCACUGCUCUUUGCUGGUGUGUGAAUACAGCUGGAGUAAGAAGAACAGAUAAGGACAGUGAAAUAUCAUGCAGUGAACUAGUAAGAACAUAUUGGAUCAUCAUUGAACUGCGACACAAAACAAGAGAAAAACCUUUUAAUAAUACUAUUUUAGAAAAGGCCAUCAAACAGGAAUUUCAGAAACGUUAUCAACUGAACCCUAAAUACAUCAAAAGAAUUUUGUAUGAGGAUGAUGUUAUCAUUAUUGACCUGGUGCAAAAUAGUACCCAGAAAAGCACUUAUGAUGUGGACAUAGCUGAUGUGGCAUAUUAUUUUGAGAAAGAUGUAAAAGGCGAAUCUCUCUUUUAUUCCAGUAAAAUUAAUCUUGACAUAGAAGGUGAAAACCUUGAUUUGGAUCCUUCUAAAACUUUAAUCUAUUACCUUGAUGAAAAGGCACCUGAAUUUUCGAUGCAAGGACUAACAGCUGGUGUUAUUGCUGUCAUUGUAGUUGUAGUUCUGGCACUUGUUGCUGGAAUUGUUGUGCUGGUUAUAUCCAGGAAGAAAAAGAAGACAAAAUAUGAAAAAGCUGAGAUGAAGGAGAUGGGUGAAUUGUAGAGAACUCUCCACAUAACUACCAAAACAUGAAGACAAGAA